CAAUAGGCUAUCCUUCACCAGAAGGUUAGACAAUUAAAACCUCUUCUCCUCUCUAUUGUCCAGAUUCCAGAAGAAGAGUCUCAACUAGAAGGGAAAGUCUAAAGCCAUGAAAGCACUACAACUGCUCUUGAGCUUCCCCUUACUUCUCUCCCUCCUCGCUACGCCGCUGAUCGCUUUCCAGUCCGAUGAGCUUCUCCUUGACGACGAGGAGUUCGGUCUCGAAGGAGCCCAGCCUCAGCCCCUUCCUCGCUCUCCUGAUCUCGCUACCGCCGCCCGAUCCACUACUCCCGCGGCCUCCCCGAGGAAGCGGUUCUCGGAAUCGGAUUCCGACUCCAAGAUCCAGUUCCUUCUCGAACAUUCCUUUGGAGACUCCGAUUUCACUCCGGCCGGCACCUUCUCCGCGCGUCUCAAGACCUGGAAUCACGGCGCUCAGACACUUACAAAGCUGCGAUUUUUGAGGAAUUCAUUUACAAAGGAGGAGACAGAGAAAUUCACGGAACUGCUACAAGAGGAUGACUUCUACAGCAUAAGGCUUCCAUCUAAUGUUUUGAGCCCUCCAGGGAGGGAGUACAUUAUUGCUUCUGUGAAAGCGAGAUGUCUUCCACGAGAAGGUAUGGACGAGCAUUUUGUUAUACACACGGAUGGUGUUAAUAUAUUGGCUGUCAAUUAUGGUUCCCCUGGGGAAUGCUCUUAUCCUCGACAAUUGAAACUUCCAGCGAAAUGGUCUUUCAACUCGUAUACAGUUCUCAAGAACAGUGAGCAGGCACCAAGAGCUCCAAUUUUUUCUGAAGAGGUACUAGGUGGAGAGAAUGGUGAGGGUGAAAUUGUAAAACCACCGGAGAGGUCCUUUUGGGCUAAAUACUGGAUGUACUUGAUACCUCUUGGACUAAUAGUCAUGAAUGCCAUAACCCAAGCGAUGAAUAUGGCAGAGCAGGAGGGUACUGGCCAGACACAGCAACCAGGGUCGGCAGUCCCACAAGUUCGGAGAAGACAAUGAGUUUCUUCACCUAUCUUAUCAAAGUUCUUUUCCAACAUGACCAUAAACUAAAAUGUGGUUAAGGAUUAGUUUUCUUACAGAUUAGUUUUCCCUAGAUGUUUGCCAAUGGGAGAACCAUAGGGUAUUGUAUGAUUUUUCAGAAUCAAUUAUUGUCUCAGCAGUAUAACAUGCACGAAACUUAACUAUUUAUCGGUAAAACUUUUCUGUAGGGCAAAGUUCUGAGAAUUUACUGUUUGUAGGGCAAUUUGUAGUGCAAUUUUGGGUGACACUCCACAUUUGACCUUUAGCCUGAAUUGACAUUCUGGCCAUCAUAUAUGGAAGUGUUGAGGGUAUCUUUGAAA